UGUGUGUGUGUGAGUGUGUGUGCAAUUUGAGGCGGUCUUGAGUAAAAAAAUUUAAGAGCAACGAAUCUACAUACAUAAGAGGAAAAAACUGUGGUGCUUUCACGAAAGGUGGAAACUGGUUUCAAUGAGCGAAACCCAGCGGCAGUAGUUGUGCGGAGGGGGCACACUGGAUGUGGCGUUUCGAGCAGAUUUACCUAACAAACGGUGUGUGAGAGGGGAGGAAGGAGAGCGAGAGGAGGAGAAGGGGCGGGGGUCUUUUUAUGGAUCUCACUGGGCUGACUGACACCCCGAUUUUGGACCCGUUAUUUUUGGGAGGCGAGGAUAAAACAAAAGGAAAUACACUGGAGGAAAAGGCCCGCGAAUUGUGUAUGUGUAACGGGGGCCCCGCAGCUCCUUCGCCACCGCCACCGCCACCGCCGCCGCCUCUGCUGCUGCUGGUCUGGGUGGUCCCGACGGAAGAGCGAGAGUCGGCGUGGCUUUCUACUCGAGCCCGAGGAUCGCGGGCACAAAAGAGACGGGAGAGCGAGCAUAGCUCGCGAGCUCUGCCGCGCGCCGGACCAAGCCAAGGUGUUUUCCCUCAAUGGAAUAUUUGAAUAUUGAAUGUAAGGUCCUCCCUUGCAUGCAGAAGAAAGCAAGAAAAGAAGGCUGACUGAGAUGUGCUCAUGGACAUCACAAUGAAAAAGGAAAGCAAAAAAAUUCUUGGAAUUACAGAAUGAUAAACAGAAGACACAUUAAAAGAAGAGAGGGAUAAAUCAAUCAACAGAACGCUAAAAUAAAAUACAAAAAGGGAAUAUAUUUUUGAUAUAUCCAACUAGGAAAAGAAAAAAAACUUGGGAUUACAAAAGAGGAUUGAUUGGGGACCAAAGAAUCACUUUUUUCUUUUUUCAUGAUGUAACAGUAAGCAAAUGCAAACUAAGAUUCCACUUAUAAAGUCAGUAUUAACAAGUGAAAAACAAGGACAGGCAGUCAUUAAGAACGAAGAAAAAAUAAACUAAGAAUUAUUGAAGUUGAAGUAGAUAUUUUUCUGGACAAACGAAUGUCAUGUUUUUAAUAAUUUUGUCACUGUAGAGCAAAGCUUAAGCUUGAAAUACCAGUUGUGCUAUAUAGUACAGGACUGCUGCUGCUAAUGCUAUUGCAAAUUUUUUUUUUCCUCAGAUUUUAGAUAUGGCUGUGAUACCUGAUUUGAAGCAUUACAGUAACCAUAGCAGUUAACAGCAUUUGCAAAAACAGUUGUGUUUUAUUACAGUGUAACUAUCUUCUUUCAGUUUUGUUUGUAGUUAUCUAAGGUAGCUUGAGCUUUACUUUACUCUUCGGUGCAGAUCCAUUUAAAUUUUCAUAUUUGCUCUCUUCUAGUGCCAAACUGCUGUGUCUGCUUUGUGAUAAUUGCAAUAUUUAUAUUUUCUAUUCAAUUGUUACUCACGUCUGUGUAAAUUUUCAGAAGGCAGCCCGUUUUCACUUCCUUUACUUUACAAUUCGAGAUCCAGUAAGAUACUUUAAUUACCUUUAGCCAAAAAGGACAAAAGAACUGCAGUUGUGUACCUUGAAGAUUUUUAUUGGCCAGGUCUUCUAUCACCUGUCUGCCUUGGCUGUAGCAAAUUAAAAGUCUUGCUGCUACAACUGCGCGAAUUACACCUGCUUCAGCUGCGCCUGUGGCAACGAUGGACUUCUUGCGCUUGUGACGCCACUUUUAUGCAGUUCUGUCUGCAGUUACUAUUACAGACUCUUUUUGUAUUAUUACAGCUACGGAAAUAGUUUUCCAGAAGUGUUCUCACCACAGUAUCAGUGAAAUUAUUUGUACGCUGAUUUAUUCAGUGUAGUGAGAGAAAAAUGAAAAGUUUUCGUGAUGGUUCUGCUCCUCAUCCUGUGUUUGCUAGUGGGGUUGAUGGAGGCAGCGGGACCUCCCUUUACCCAUCACGGUCAUUAGACCCUCAGAGCUCUCCAAGAAUACCUGAAGAAUAUGUGGCAGCACAACAACAACAGCAACAACACAAUCCUCAGGCACAGAGCCAGCAUCCUCACAAUAUGAUGCCUAUUCACACCAGCCAGGCAGCCCUCAUGCAGGGUUAUGGGGCAAGAAGCCGAGUCAGUGGAGGUGGGGAGGUAUUCCCGAGUGACUCAAAACAUGCUGAUAUUAACAGCACCAACAUCCCUUUCAGGAAAGAAGUGAUUGAUUAUUAUUUUUCAGCAAGUAGCAAGGAAGAAAAUCGAAGAGGAAGCCAGGGAUUCAGUUAUGGGAUCGGUUUGGGUUUUUCAAAUGUGGAUAGUCAAGUGCCUCAUCCAUACCGGCCUGUCAGAAAUUCAGGUUCUGCUUCUGGGAUGUCUCACUAUCAGGUGGACUACGGUACUGCAGCUGGCUCUGGUAGUAGUGGUAACGGCAGUAGCAGUGGUGUUGGAACCUUUUCUCCCUCACACCAGUACCGUUUAGGUCAGAACUCCCCAGUUCCAGCAGUUGGACCUCAGAUUCACUUACGUCAUCAGGCCCCAAAUUAUUCCUCACACCAAGGGCACCACCAAAGAGGCUAUGGUCUCUCUGGUCACAGACUGCCUCAUACUUUCUUACACUACCCUCCAAAUGGAUCCAUAGGGUCAGGAGGUGUUUAUAAUUCUCCUCCACAAAGGUACCAUACUGGGAGAAACAAUUUUGAGUGCAAAAUAAACAGUUCUACUCAUGUCAAUUCAAACUCAAAUCCUAAUCCCAGUUUGCCUAGUACAAAUAGCAUAGGGCAGUUUGAGAGCGUGGGUCAGAGUUAUCCCACUUCUGAUUAUGCAUAUAAUUCACAGUCGUCUCAUUCGCAUCCGAACCAUCCUAUCCAUCCUAUUUAUCCUAAUCACAGUCAUCAGCAAAAUUUGGCACAAACCUGUGACCCAUCUUACAAAAUGCAUCCUUCCAGUGUGUUACACCAACCAGGGCUUCCUUACCCUAAACACCCCUCAUCCUCCAAGUCUUCCUCCAUGGCUCUCUCUAUACCUCAGUUCCCAUCACAAGAAGUACCGAAGUCUCCGAUGCAUUCUCAAACCCAGCAACCCCAGUUCCACCAGAAUUUUAGUCCAAUUUCUAACCCCUCUCCAGCUGCCUCUGUGGUUCAGUCACCCAGCUGUAGUUCAUCUCCUUCUCCUUUGAUGGGUAGUGUUGAAGGCAGUUCUGCUGGAGCUUCUGUACACCCAGCUCACCCUCCUGUUCUGAAGCCACGAACCACCCACAGUAACAAUCAUCUGCUACAGAUGAUUCCUCAACUAAGCCCUACACCCAGUUCUAACAACAGCAGCAGCAGUUGUGGAAGCAGCAGUGUUAACACUGCCAGUCUGAGUACAAACCCAAGUAACAGUCACCCUCCAUCACAAAUGGGAGUAGGAACCAAAGGUGGGUUCAGUGGUGAGCCUCCAUCUUCCUCCCUGUACCCAGCUUCUCCACAAGAUAAAAUAAUCCUGGGCCCUGGAAACAAUAGUCUGAAUGCUUUAACUACGCAAGUGGCUAAUUUACCGAAUACUGUGCAACACAUGCUGCUCUCAGAUUCUGUUGUCUCACGUAAAAAAAGCAAAGAAAAUGGACCACAAAGUCAAGGCCAGCAAUCAGAGCAGUAUAUUCCUUCAAGUCAGCACAAAAACAAGAUUAUAAAUGCUGCUUGUAGUACAACUGCAAAAAGAGAAGGAAGUAAAAGUAAAAGGGAUAAUGGGAGCACUAAUUCUGAAGUUGCAAUGCAGGAGGAAUCUUCUCAAAUGUUGGACAGUCCAAUGAGGAGCGCUGAAGUUGAAGAGCAGUUUACAGAAAGGCAUAUGGAGAAUGUGAGAAGGUUGAGUGGAAUAGACAUUGUGUCUGAAUCAGAUGACCGCUGCCCUCCAUCCCAGAUUAUUCAAGAUGAAGUCAAGUCUCAGACUGAAAAGGGUUGUCAUGUCUCACCUGUUCAUGUGAACAUGGUAACAUCUAAACAGUGCAAAAUGUCAUCUCCCUCGCAGAAAACUGGCCAGACUGAUGAAUGUGCUGUUACACCUUCUUCCACAAUUUGUCUUGCUCCAUCAGUGAAACCCAUUGCAGUCCAUUCUUCAAUAGGCUCUUCUCCUGUUUCUCCUCCUUCCCCUGGAAUUUCUUCAUCUAAUGCUAAUGAUGAAACUGUUGUUUCUUGUGUACAUUCUAAUAAUGUUACUAAAGAGCUAGAGCAUGAGCAGAUAAGCAAUAAAUUAAAGGAGCUGGAGGAAGACAGCAAAUCACCUGUGGGAAAGACAAAACUUGAUAUUUCCCAGAAAGAAAAGAGCCUUCAAAAAGAGGAAGGAAGAAGCAAACAAAAGGAGAAGGAGGAAUGGGAGCAUACACAGCCUUCAUGGAAAGAAACAAAGAGUGAGAGAAACAAAUGUGAAAAGACAGACCAUUCUCAAGAAUCAAAUGGAAAACUGAGCUCUAAAGAAACCUACACAACAGGAGGUGUUGGGGUAAUUGUCUCAACCCGUUUAGAAGUAACUCAGCCUGAGACAAUGCCAGAACAGACAGAAUUAUCAGAUGAGUCUGAUCAAAAGAAUAAAGCUGGAAACUGUAGCUCUUACCCAAAAGAUGAGACUCACUCUUGCUCUUCCCUCACGGAUUCAAGUUGUCAAAAUGGUGAAAGUGAAGGAAUUUUGACUGCCAACCCUUCAUAUCAUGGUGCUAAAUUUCCUUCUAAACCAUUUUUCGACCACUGGGUAACGACUCAUCAACCUCAUUCUGACAUUCAGAAAACUCUCUAUGUAUAUGAAUUAUCAAAGGGUACUGGGAUGAAUUUAAAGACAAGCGGGCAACCGACAUCAUGUGAAGCAGGAAUAGGGACAAAUCUUCGGUAUCGGGAUUACCAUCAGCAUCAAUCACAUUACAGCUCUCCAGUACGAAAAAGGUCAGACAUUGAAGGGCAGGACAGAAUAGUGCAUGAUCUCAAUGCUCAUCUGCAACAACCAUUUCCAAGUCUUUUACAAGAAGUUCUUCAGGGUUAUCACACAGAUAAACGCUAUGGAUGCCACGAGAGAUUUUCUCAACCCUUACUAACCCCUAAUACUCAUCAUUAUUCCCAAUACAGACAUCCUCAAUCUGUGAUGGAACAGUUAAGACCCCAUGUUAUGACCACCCACACUACACUGAGUGUGGACCAUCACAUCACUUCUCAAACACCAGCCCUUCAAAAACAAUACCCACAAAAGGAGAGACAUCAAAGUGAGGUUUUCCUAAGACAAGAACCUUCUCUUCAGUCCUGGAGUGCUGUUGGCAUUGGAUCAAAGGGAGUUCAGUGGACUUCCUCAGACAGUCAGAGUAAAAUGGUAAUACCCCCAGGUCACACUGCUUCUAGCAUGCCGCAAUCUGCAGACAUACCCAGUUCCAAACAUAUCAAUCUGGCGGACUAUUCUCUUUCCCCAAGGAAAUUGUCCUUAAAUCAGUCUACUCCCACUUCUGCAGUACAGCAACUGCUAUUGCAGGAGACUGCAAUAAACAAACAUGAACAAACAAGUGACAGUCAAGUAUCAGUAAGACAAAGAAACCCUCAGAACAUAUCUUUAGCUGAGCGUCAUUCAGUCAUCUGUGACAAUUCACCAGCUGAUGAUGUGACAUCUGAAGGUGUGCUUGGCACAGAAAAAGAAAUGGAGACGGGGAAUUGUGAGCAACAAAUUGGGUGCCCAGGAGCUUCCGUUAUUCAACAGUCAGUAAGUUCUUCAUCUGAAAUGUUAAAACAAGACAAUGAAACAGAACCGAAUAUAAAGAGGGAAGUGAAGCAGGAAGAGAUCAACCAUGAAAUAAAGGGAGCCCCUAGCAUUGAAAUAUUUAAUUCUAAAACUUCAAAAGUAAAUGCCUCUGAACACCAUGCCAGAUCUCCUAAAUCAAUGGACAGAAAUAUGAACUUCUGUAGGACUUACAAUGAAGGAAAAGCUCUCACCAACUUAGCUUCUUACAAACCUCAACAAGCCUCCCAACAUUCUCUCUCAAAUUCUAAUUCUCAGUCAUCACCAAAUUCUUCAAGGUUUCGGUCCUACUUUGAAGGUUCAGAUGAAUCUAGCCAUUCUACAAAAACUGCUGGAUUUGGGUUUGAAGAAACAAGAAAGGAGGCAACCAACAAAAUUCAGAGUGCUCAUCAUCUUUCCAAACACCCUCAUUUAUCCUCUCAUCAUACACAAACCCCACAAUCCACUAACAGAUUACAAGUUUAUCCUCACUCACAUUCUGUUCAGUACUCUCAUAGUGUAGAUGACUGGCGAGCUCCAAGCACCAAUCAUCCUUCAUCCAAGGAUGUAAUAUACCCAGACACAAGUGAACGCCUGAACUCUUCAGAAGUUGGAGUACAAACAAGUAUGCUUUCUAACCACCAACUGCCCUCAGUGUCUUCACAUGGAAAUUACUAUAACAAAAUGUGGAACAUGUCACUGUCUGAAAAGAUGUCGCAAGGGGCAAUAGAUGGACAAACUGAUGGACAACAGCAGCCUGCUUCUGCUCUACCCCCUGAAUCAGUUGUUAAUCAUCUAAUUACAUCAACAGGCCUGAAGCAAUUAGAUUCAAACCAUGUAAGAGAUGGACGGGAAAACAUUGUCAAAUCAUUGCAUCCAGUGACUGAUAAUGGAACAAGUGGUGGUACUGGAGGUAGUAAUAGUGUAGGGACCUGUAGUAAAAGCAGAACAAGUGGGUCUGGGGAUACAAAACCCUUAAUGAUGAGAAGGAAGAUCCGUUCUUUCAUCUCUCCAAUUCCAGCAAAAAGGCAGCACCAGGACACAUUCCGACAGCAACGAGGACCCCCAAUUCAGCAUACCAGCUCUGCAUCCAGUCAUAAUGAUGCUGCUAAUUUCAAUAUAGAUGCAGUCCAUCUCAAUCCAUCCAGUCCAAGAAUGCCAUUGACUGUAUCUGCUCAAAUUGACUCUUCGGUGUCUCCAACAUCUACUAUUACUAAAACAAAAAUUCUUCCACAGAGGAAAGGCAGAGGUAUGAAAUUGGAGGCAAUAGUUCAAAAAAUUACACCUAACAUUAAAAAAGCAGAUGGUGACAGCAGUGUUAGUAAUACAGAUUCAGUCCCAAAUCAUCUGUCAAACUUGUCUCACACAACAUCUUCUUACAACACUGACAUCCAGGACCAUGAAUCUACUGAUGAAGGGAAUUUCACAGGAAUUAGUGCUCGCUCUGGAAAUUGCUUGCCCUAUAUGAGAGAUGCUCUCUCUUUAGAUGAUAUUGUAUUAUACAGAGGUGCUGAGGAGACAGGGCCUCAACCACCUACUGCGUAUCCAUGUGGUCCCCAUCAAGAUCAAAACAUGCUUAAAUGUGAUGUAAUGGGAAACAUGACAAGGAAUGUUAUCAAGGAUUUGGAGUCAGAAUUAAACUUUGACUUAGGGGUGUCAGGAGUUCCAAAAACAGAGAGAGAGUGCGCUGGAGAGAGGAUCAAGGAUGAUUUAAGGAUGCCUCCUGAUUUUCCUCUUCUAGGACCUUUACCCCCACCCCCACCAUUACCUUGUCCUGUACAGGCCUCCCCACCUCCCUCAUCCUCUGGCUUGGCAGACAUUCAGCAUUUUGAAACUACUUAUUUGCAGCUAGAGACACGAAAAGGUAAGCACACAGCAGCUACGCUUUUGAAACAAAAACUUCAAGAGAGCGAUAUUGAAUUAGGUAUGGAUAAUUAUACUAGAAGGGAUUACAUUGGUAUCAAGUCACCCCACCAUAACCAGAGCUUAGGUCACUGCCUGCUAAACAGUCCCUCACACCCCCAUUUGCCACAUCAUCAUCAACAUUCUUCUACUGGCACCACAAUGACAGACCAACAGUUUAUAGAACCCAAGCUUGAGAAUGCAGUGCCAAAAGGCUAUUUUCCAUCUGGGAAGAAAAAGGGACGCCCAGUUGGAAGUGUGAAUAAACAAAAGAGGACUCAAACCCAGUCUCAGAAUUUGUCUGUUAAUGCUUUACCCGUAUCCCACACAUCUGUGCCAGCUCCUACACCUCCAGUAGAGAAUCAAAGCACUAACAACACAAGUUUAGUUCCUGCUGACUCAUUGCAAUUUCCAAAAAUACCUCCUACCUCAGUUUCUCCUCCUAUUAUAUCACAAACAAAAAAAGAAGACACUGAAACUGAAGAGACCAAACCUGAUCCAGAAGCAAAACCUCGAAGACAGAGACGAAGAAAGAAGGAAGAUGGUCAUAUAGAAGAUGCCGGGCUACAACAAAGACGGAGAAAAAGAGGCAUAGUAGGGGUUUUGAGUAAGGAAGAAAUUGAUGCUGAGAUAGGAAGUGGAAAAUUCUGCAGCCGUGGGGUUUUCUCUACAUACAGAAAAUCUGUUUUUACCCCUUAUAUUCAUGUAGAAAGAAAGCUGGAGGAGAUGGGGAAUGUGUGUACCAUUGUGAAUGGAGAAGAUGAUAAGAAGAAGAUUGAAAUUGCUGUGGAAUACAGCAGAGGUAGAUGUGCAGGGAAGGAUGUGGGUCAAGGAGCUGACACUCCACUGAGCUCAGCCCUUUCUUCUCAACUUGUCAGGAGAGAUGGAGAAAAGGAUAAAGUGAAAGAGAAGAGAAAUGCAGAAAACUUAGCAUCUGUCCUUGUUCAGUCCAGCCCAACGGGUAAGGCCCUUCCUUCCUCUGGAUUUGUGCUCUCUGGACCUGUGAUGACUGAGUCAAGCACAAGUGACCAUCUCCUCUGCUGCUUAUGCAAAAAGUGGGCUAACUACAAAGAUCUAGGAGAUCUCUAUGGACCUUACUAUCCUCCUGAUUAUUUAACAAAGCUUCCCAAGAACUCUCCAGUGACCAGGCAGAACCAGAUAACUGUAAAGCUAAGCACUAUAGGGGUAGAUUUGGGAACAACCACAGCUGAAUUGUCAAAGCAACAGGUGUUGCUAACAGAGAUCCAGACCCCUGUAUCUGUAAUAAAUGGUAAUUCUUCAGCAGAAAAAGAUAGAGACCCUGCAUCUGCUGCUACUCCAACUGAAAAAGUGUCUCCAGUGGAAGGACUGAGUGUGUCAUGUAAUACAGACAAAAGUGGGAACAAAGAAAUAACAAAGGACAGUUGGGACCUGACAUCUGAACUGACCAUCACAGAUGUGAGGUUGAAUCUGACAGGAGAUGCAUUUAACCCUGAACAAUCACUGCAGAGUCCACAGCAACAGACGGAGGAUGCUCAGAAAAGACCACAACUCAGGAAGCUAACGUCACACCCACGUUUCAAAAGACGACAUAAAUCCAAUGAGGAUUUGCCCAAAACUGGAUCCAUUAACAACAAAGCCUUAUUGCCCUUUCAGCCCCCUCCACCUCUUCAGCUUGUUAACCAGGAACCCACUGAUCCUUCAGCAGUCUUAUCCCUGCUCCCUCAGGUGCCCAUAGAUGCUGAAGAGUUGUGGGUACAUGAGGGGUGUAUAGUCUGGACCAGUGGGGUGUAUUUGGUCAAUGGAAGGCUGUAUGGACUGCAGGAAGCCCUAGACGGUGCCAGAGACACAAGCUGCUCUUACUGUGAAGCGGCGGGUUCAACUCUUGGUUGCUACAGUAAAGGCUGCACUCUGAGAUAUCACUACCUUUGUGCCCUGGAGGCAGGAGAGUCCAUGACAGGCAAGACAGAGCCAAAGAUCAAGCAGUGUAGAUGGAGAAGAGUAACAGAUCCAGCUCCAACCCCUGUGGAACACCGGUUGAAAGAGACUGAGGGGAAGACAGGGAGCUACGCCAAGCCACCUGAGUGCUCCCUGAACGAAGACAACUUUUCAUUACGAUGUCCAAAGCACAAGUUCUCUCAGAAUGUUAAACCAGCUAAGAUCAUCCACCCAGAACAACCAGAGAGAGGCUGAGGGUGAUUGUGUGAGGAAGAGAAGAAAUUCCAACUGGGACUGGUUGACUAAUGCCAGUUCAAGAAAGAGGGAUGAAGAGAUAAAAAUGAAAGGAAAUGAAAAACGUGGCAAUUUUAUUUUAGUGCUAACGAACUAGAAAGACUUUUUUACCAAGCAAAAAAUAAAAAUUUGCGGUUUUCUGUCAUUGGUUGAGAAAAUGUGUAAAAAAAAAAAAAAAAAUGAAAAAGAUUUAUUGAAAAAGAAAACAUUGUGGACGAUUGUACAGUAGGACUGAGGGAAGGCAAACAAACUGGACCGAAAAGAAAAUCUGAGCCGACCCCUCGGACUGAGAGCAUAAAGAAAUUCAUAAAAAGGACUUUUCUUUCUCUUAAAUAAGCUUUGAAUUUGUAGAGAAACUGACCGAGCUGUUGUGCUUUCCUUCUUACCGUUGCUGUUAUUUUAUCUUUUUUUUUAUUGUGAAGCUCUGUACAGAUACAUGGAUGGAAAGGGGAACAGGGAAUUGUGAACAAGCAUCUGAGAGGACAUCGAGAGAUUAUGAAAAACUGAGAAAGGGCCAAUAUGUUAUGUGUUAUUCUUAUAAUCAUUAUGAUUUUUCUGUCAUUAUUUUGAUCUUUGCUGUUAUUGUCAUCAAGACAUUCCAGAUUUGAAUGGCAGUAUUUUAAUUUGGAAUUCAUACACUACAAAAAAAGUCGUAAAUGUCUUACUCAUUUAAUAUUUCUUAUGCCACCAAAUGCCUGAGAAGAAGAAUCAGUAAUAUGACAGUUUGGGUUUCCAUGAGGGUGGCAUUGCCUUGAAAUUUGAAUGCCUGUUGCCUUUUGAAUAAUUCAUUUAUGUGUGAGUGUAUUUAGGUUCACAUGUGUGUGCAUUUGGUCAUCUACCUUCAGUCCUUUGAAAAGUGUUCUUAUUUCACAUUCCAGUUUUACAGAGCAGACACAAACAACAUAUGUACAGACUUUUUUGAAGUCUUGUUUAUAGACAGAGAAAGAUUAUCUGAGUGAAAGAUGGAAGAAUGCAAAUGACCAUAUUGACCCUAUGGGUGUCUGAGUGAAUGAAGCCAAGAUUUAAGUUUUAAAAAAAAAAAAAAAAAAAACCUUAUUUCUUGCAGUGAAGAGGUUCAGUAAACUAAAAAUACAGAUAGGCAUAAACAUUUUUCCAUCCUAGAAAAGGCAAUGUUAAUAUAACGCUGAAAUGUAAACUGAUCUGUCUGUUGCUGUUUUCAUCAUUUCAGUUUUUUUUUAAUUCCAGUAAAAAAUGACAAUAUAAAGGGGUACUACAGCCUCCUGUAAAUAUGAACAGGAAUUAUAAAUUUAAUGGAAAAAAAUGGAAAAUGCUUCUUGAUGGGUUUUACUUUUAUACUCUGAUGUCCACGUUUCUCUUUCUAAUGUUUACAAAAAUAUGUCUGUACUUGUCUGUGUAAUGAUCCUUCUCCCCUUGUUCUUCUGUAUUGAGAGGGACAUCCCAGUUAUGGGCUUUGGCAUGUUCUACACUUAGAAGUCAUUUUUACAGUUUUCGAAAGUGUAUGAUGAAAAAAUAUAGUAAUAGAAUCAGUCUUUUGAGAACCAGAGCCAUAAGCUCCUCAUUCAGGUUCAGGAUUCAGACAGACAGGUCGAGUCAUACUUUUUGCAUACAAAGCCAGAGACCCAAGCGUGUCUCGUGCACAGGCUGAGGCAGGUCAUGAUCCGACGUUAUGCUGAUGCAGGUGUGUUUCCACGCCAAGUUACCGCAGAAUUGGAACGGAACCCAAAGGGAAACGGCUGCCCUUACAGAUGUGUUACCUUAAGCAUGUCAGGAAAAUGGCUGUGUUCUUAUGUGGUCUGAAAUGCAUAAGGUAGUCGUUGUGACAUACUCUACAAAUUCU